AUGUCUUCUCAAAACGUUGCUUCUUCCUUUCCCUUACCUCCCGAAUUUUACAAACGAUAUACCGAUGAGAACCUUGACAAAUUAAAGCGGAUCAAGGAACAUGGCAUUGAAGCUUUUACAAAUGCAGGUGAUACUUUACCUCAGGAUUUUGACAUAUUUGAGCUAGAGCCUCCUAAACCGAUAACCAAAGGCUCUUACACAAUGUUUAAUGAUCCUUGGCCCGUUGUUGAUCGAAUGCGUACUUUGGAAGAAACCGAAUUGGAGCAAUUGUAUCCGAAGGGAGAAAUUGCCUUAGAACUGAAAAAAUUGAAUAAUUCCGUAGUUUUCAAUUUUGUUGAGUUGCUAGAUAUACUU